AUGUCGGAUCACACUGAUGCAAACUUUUUGGAGCCAAAAAACUUUGAUAGAAAUCACACCUUUAUCAUGAAUGUUACUAUUGAUGACAUGAUUGCUAACCCAAAUACAGCAGGAAUGUAUCCUCAGUUUCACAACUUCAUCUCUACACACAAUUUCAAAUGUUACGACCCAUCGAAAUACAAGGGAUAUGUUAAGAUGGAAGGAUUUCCUACAGUUGAGAAGUAUCGCCAACUUUUUUACGAAAUGCUACAUUUGAUGUGUUCCAAGGACGUUCUGAAGCACGACAUGGAACAGUGCAAUAUUGAGAACAGAGAUCUUUUUGUGGAAAAUAGUCAACUGCGGAAUUCCGUCAACUUAUCCAUUUCUGACAAAUCUAUGGCCAGCUUUCUUCGAGUUCUCGACGACAAGUCUCAAGAAACGGUGGAAAAUCAAAGUGAUCGUAAACACUACGACAUAACGGAUAACACUUGGAUCCACAUGAUGACGCGCAUGCGCAAUGAGAAAACGGCUCGUCAAAAAUUUGUGGAUGAUGAGAUUGAGCUCGUCGUCAACAAUAUUGCUACGGCAAGAACUCUGUUGAAGGAGGAAACGCAAGAUCUAAAGAAUAGCCUGAAAAUUGCAUUCUCCCGUGUGUUAAUCGAGUUGGACGAUGGGGAUUUCGAGCGAUUCUUUGCAACACCGGCUGAGAAAAAUGAGCCAUUCUUGUCACCUGAUGUUCUUGGCAGGUCAACCGUCGUCAGAGUCGAGGGCAACGGUUAUCAGAUCAGUUCAAUUGAAAAGCAAUCUCUCAAAGAAUCUCACACACACGAGAAUGCUGCUUGUCAGACCAUAGCUCACCUUCAUAAGAAGAAAAAGAAAAAUUCUAGAGAAUCGGUAGCUGAGAUUACGCAAAUCCCUACUAAUAGUAGGAAGGAGGCGGAAGUUUUUCCGAGAAACGCCUGUGACAUGAACGUUAAGGUCCUCAACUUGAUGGCCAACACAGAUCUACAGACAAUGUACCCGGCAUUCUACAAUUUUAUGGCUACUGAAUAUUUUCUACGUUACGAUCUAUCAAAUAACAGGACAUUUUUCUUGGAGGAGUGGCUGAAAGCUCCAUCAAUAGAGAAACACCGUCAACUUUGCAACGAAAUGCUACAUUUAAUGUAUUUUAAGUGUCAUCUUGAACACGUCUACGAGCAGCGCAUAGCCAAAAACCAAGAGCUCAAGGCAGAAAACGAUUGGUUACGUAGCUACGUUGUGACGUCUUGGGCCGACGUUUUUAUUAACAGUUUUUUCCGAGUAUUCAGAAACAGUUCUCAAGAUGAAAAUCAACGUGCUGGUGAAAACUGCAUCAAAACUGAGCACACUUGGGACAAUAUGAUGACGCGCCUGCGUGAUGAAAAAGUCGCAGAAGGAAAUAUUAUAAAUGAUAAAAUUGAACUUGCUGUUAACAAUAUUGUGAAGGAAUACCCUUUGUUUAACAAGGAGAAGGAAUAUCUAAAGAAUAUUCUGAAAACUGCACUCACCAGUGGAUUCACCGAUAUUGAAGUGAAAGAGUUUUGUUCUUCACCUUUUCAAGAAACUGGUCCAUCAUUGCCUGCUCGUGUUAUUGACAGAGAGAAGCACAAAAUUCCUGAUAAUGAAAAAUCUAACACAACCAUGAUGUCUCCACAUACAAAUGAUUUUUACCGGGGCUUCACGUGUUUUCCAACUUCGAAGAGAAAGGUGGCAAGCAACGCAUUACAACAAUAA